GCAGCAGUUACUUUGACAACGCCAAACUGCGCCUCAAACUAAAUAGGAGAGCCGACACAAACACAGCCGUUCAUCGAACCCAACAUUAACCCAACAUGUACAAGGUUGAUUUGCCGGUGGAUGAGUCAGAGCAGCGGGCGGUGGAGCGGCGUCGGGCCGCAGAGGCUGAGCGCAAGAGCCGAAUAUUCAACAGCAGGAGCCGCGUGAUCGGCGUGGACGUGCCCGCGCUCCACAAACAGCAAGACGACAAACGAGAUCGACUGGAGAUGGAGAAGCAGCGAGACAUGGCUCAUGAUCUGUUGCGCUUAUCCCUGGAUGAAACGGCACUGCAACAGAAAAAAGAGGAGAAUGAGUUGCGAAGACAGCUGGCUCAAGACAUGGUACAGUUUCGAGCUAUACAUCAACGUGCUGAGGACAGUCGUGAUGCAGAUAUCAAUUAUGACCGACAGGAGGCGCCAGAUGCCUGUAUUUCUGUCUCGGACUCUGGGACCCUAGGACCCGCCAGUAUGCAAGUGUUUUUGGGAGAAGGGAUUAAUGAGAAGGAAAAGAAGAGAGCUGAGAUGGAGAUGAACGAGAGAAAUCUGAGAGCUCAAAAAGAGGAGAGAGAGAAACAAGAAAGGGAAAAGAAAAACAGAGAGCUGCUAACCGACAGGGAGUUGGUGGAAAAAGACCUCAGGGCAGUGCAGCUGAAUGCCCUGGAGGAGGAGUGCAAAAGAGUGGCUCGCAUUGAACUCAGUCGUUACAACCAUGAGCAGGCGGAGGAGAGAAUGAAGAGAGAGCGACAAGAGAGACUGAGGAGAGAGGGAGAGGAUCUGGCCGAGCUACGGUACACAGUGACCUCUGACCUCUUGACAGAACGACCAGAGGCUGCGAAGAGAAUAACAGAGUCACCUGCAGAGGGUCCACGAGUCCUGACCGACCGCUGGAAGGGCAUGACCCCACAGCAGAUCAGUGAUAUCCACAGAAAGAGAAAGGAACAGUGCCUUGAGAAAGAGAGACUGAGAGAGAUGGAGAGGCAGAGAGAUCUGGCCUGGGAUUACCUUCUAACAGAGCAGGCCAGACAGCAGGAGAGAGAGGAGACAAGAGACAAGGAGCUGCAGAGAGAGAGGAGGGCUCAGCUCGAUAAAUACAACCAACAGCUGGCACGAGAGCAGCAAGCGCACCAACACUACCUGGACAGGCAGCUGUAUACGAACCGUCCCAAAGUUGAGUACUUCACCCAGUUCAACACAACUUCUCGAUAAAGCAGCGUCCCAUUUCAUCCUUCUCCUGCACAAGAAAUAAAGUUCUAGUGGGUUUCAAAGCACUGUGUAUGUUUGACAUUCAUAAAUUAGAUUUUACGGAUAUCA